AGUGCGAUAGAUAGCCGUGGUACGAAGAGAGACCUGGGGCACCAAAGAAAGAGAGAGACAGAGAGAGAGGACGACAGACCGUAGUUACAAUUGGAGAGUAAUAGAUUAGAAUGAUGCAACAAUGUAUUGGAAUCUGGCAAUAAUGGACUGGAACAAUAUAACAGAGGAUUUGAUUCGAAGUAGAAAUGAUUGUAAUGUGACAACAACAGACUGGAAUGGUUUGGCAAUGGCUCAAAACGUCAGAAUAAUCGAUGGGAAUGGUAAAACAGUAGGAAGGGGUUUCAUUGAGAUGUUGAAUUCUCUUUCUGCUACUUUUGCUGGGAAGCCACUGAAAAUCCGUGUUCGAAUGGUCCUUCGGAUUAUGCAAUUCAUUUAUUAUCCGAUUCUCGCUAUUGUUGCAGUGCCUGCCAACGUAGUAACAAUAGUGAUCCUGUCCCGGGAAAAGUGUGGUCUCUCCCGAUGUGUAUCUCACUACCUGGUAGCCAUGGCAAUAACAGAUCUCCUGGUCAUUAUCUUUGACCUCAUAUUGCGACACAUUCCAUUUGUCUAUUUGGAAGAGCAGCAUUUCUUAGAAGGCAUCCAUGUGUGUAAUAUCCACGCUGUCCUGCUUUAUGCAGCCACUGACUGUUCUGUCUGGUUCACUGUCGCUUUCACCUUUGACCGAUUUGCAGCCAUUUGUUGCCCAAAUCUGAGAAGUAAAUAUUGCAAUGUGAAAACAACAGCGGUGGUUCUGGCAACAGUGACUGGAUUGAGCUGUUUGAAGAACAUUUUCUGGUAUUUUCUGUUUACUGAUCAGUAUUACGACAGCAGCAGACCCUGGUUUUGUCGCGUUAAAAGGAAUGUCAGGUUUUCUCCAGUCUGGGGAGCAAUUGAGUUCUGUCAUUACAUUCUAACACCUGGAGUUGCCUUUAUUCUCAUUCUGCUUCUAAAUGUUUUAACAGUUAGACACAUUGCAGUGACCAGUAGAUCCCGCAGGAGACUGCAUCAGCAGAGCAACAGAAAGAGUGCCAAAGACCCAGAGAUGAAGAGUCGAAAGAAUUCCAUCAUUUUAUUGUUUCUUAUCUCAGGGAAUUUCAUUCUAUUAUGGUCAGUAUCAAUGGUGUAUUCCAUAAAUUGGAGAAUGAAUUUUUUGGGAUAUGAGUCUGUGUAUCUGCCUCUGUUUGUUAUGGAACUGGGCUACAUGUUCCAGAUGCUGAGUUGCUGCACAAACACUGUGAUUUAUGUCAUCACGCAUCCUAUGUUCAGAGAGCAUUUGAAGAAUUUUGUGCACUAUCCCUUUACUCCAAUCGUGAAACGUAUUAAACAUUGAGAUUGACUGAAUAAUUACAUAAUCAGCAAUCAACGUUGCACUCGAUUCUGUCUCAUCAACAGUCCCGGUGUCUUAUUAAUAGACAUCAUUGAAAGAAUAUGACAUUUUCAGCUGCUUCGUUCUAUGAUUUUUGCCUGCCUAUUUUGACAGCCUGUGCAACUGUGUCAGUACACUGUUAAUCUGCAUCUCAAUCGAAGUGUGG